UUCAAACACACAACCCCACAAAAAAAAAAAAGGCAAUUCCCAACCCUUCUUUGAUCCCUUCCUCCAAGCGCGCGCGCCGCCGCCGCUGGACCACCGCACCACCGGCCGAUCGAGCGUAGCGCCGCGGGCGGGCUGGCGGAAGAGCCGAGAUGAGGAAGCGGGAGAGGGAGAACCCCUGCGAGAUCUGCGGGCACUACCACAAAAGCGAGGAAGGGGAGAGGUGCGGGGUCUGCGGCCACCGGUCGGGGCCUGUGGCGGGGGAGUCCCCGGCGAGGCUGGACGCCGCCUUCCCCGCCGAGGUCCUCAGGGGCUUCCUCUUCCUCGGCAGCUACAACGACGCCUGCCGCUCCGAGGUCCUCAAGACGCUCGGCAUCACCCACAUCCUCAACACUGUCCCAGACAGUCAAAAUCUCUUCCGGAAUUCGUUCACUUAUCGUUGCAUUCAGGGUGAGAGGAACUUGGAUUUUGAUGGUGCAAAUACAUUUUUAGAACAGUGCGAAAGGGACACAUCACGGGUUCUUGUCCACUGUAUGUCUGGAAAAAACAGGUCUGCAGCUAUUGUAAUAGGCUUCUUGAUGAAAUCCAGGGGAUGGAGACUUGCACAGUGUUACCAAUGGGUGAAAGACCGGCGACCACAGGUGCAACUGACAGAUGCUUCGCAGCAUCAGCUCGUUGAGUAUGAGCAAAAGCUUUUUGGACCCAGUGUUGAGACGCCUGCUCAACCAUCGGCUCCAACUGAAUCAUUUCCUCCUCUUGGAUCUGGUUUCCCAAAACCAGCAGGUGACGUCCAAGCACCCGUAUUCAACCAGCAGCCUGCCGCGUCCAUCUUCGAGCGAGUCAGCGCAAGCAAUGUUCCUAGUGAUUUUACUUUUGGAGCAAUGGAGGCCAACACUCCUAUGGACAACAAUGACACGGUCGCACCAACUUCAGCUGAUAACCCGAUGGACAGCUCAUGACUCGUAAUAGGACCUCACAUGUUCAAUCUCCUCUGUAGUGAUUAGUGAAUGAAUAUUACUGUCAGUCGUAUCUAAUAUGAAAAGUGAGAUGGUUCUCUAGAACGGAUAAAUUCGUCUGAGAAAUGACCCUGUAGGAUUAUAUGCUGUAUACUGCCAAUCAUGACAAAUGUACCUGUGCGUUUAUAUGCAAUAGACUUGAGUUAAAUUGUAAUGGGGCCUCUUCUUCAGUUCCAUGAGUGACCUUUGUUCUUGAAACUUGUCAUUACAUUCGCAUCGUGAUGUGAGAAAGUAUAAUGUAUCUGGACGCAGCAUCGGCCGCCACUGUUAAGUGUUAACAC